AUGGAACGCGAGCAGCACCCCAAAAAAGACGACAUCGCCUCUCGUCUGAUAAAUCGAUUUUUGCGCCGAAGCUCGCGACGAACAAAAUCGACCGCUUCGAACGCCGCUGUUGAGCAAGAGCCUACAGUACCCGAAGCAUCUGCAUCUACCGCCCCUCCUCCUCCGCAGCCUCCCCAGCAACCUCAAACGAGCACCGCGGAUGACGAUACCACCACCACCAGCCCGCCGGUGCGUGAUACAACGCCUGUAAUACAAUGGACAGACAUUCAGCAAGAGAGAGCACGCGCUUUGUUCGCCAAGUAUGGUUUGACCUUGGAACCAAAUGAAUGGAUGACGCCACGUAACUUGGAAGUCCGUCGAGUCGAUAAGCCCAUUCGAAUGAGAGUACGUCGUACCUGUCACCGCUGCCAGACCACGUUUGGGCCUGAGAAGGUCUGCGUCAAUUGUCACCAUGUCCGUUGCAAGCAGUGCCCUCGCUAUCCCCCAGCUCGCACAAAAGAAGAAAAAGAAGCCCGCGCUUUGGCAAAGAUGUCUUCAGAAGCUGCCGCCGACAACUCCAAGGAGCACAAGCACGACCCUCUUACCUUGCCGUCUCGUUCCGGAGGCCAAGACUUGACAUACAAGGACAUCAAACAACGUGUUCGUCGGACAUGUCAUCGCUGUCAGACCCUUUUCCCGGGCAUAUCUACACAAUGUGAGAAUUGUGGUCACGACCGCUGCAAAAUAUGCCCUCGCGAUCCGUUGAAGCUAGACAAAUACCCUGAUGGGUAUCCUGACGACGAAGAUCCGCCCCCUGAGCGGCCGAUACGUGUGUGGAAGAAACCACGUAUGAGAGUUCGCUAUUUCUGCCAUAAAUGCGAGACUAUAUACGUACCCGGCGAGCCAAUAUGUUCAAAUUGUGGACAGGAAAAGGGACCAGAGACGAGACGAUAUCCACCGAAAAAGGAAAAACCUUCCAUAGAUCCCGAUUUGUUGAGGCGAGUACAAGAGCGUCUGGGAGCCAUGCGAGUCAAUGAAGGGGAUGACACAUGA